CUCACCGAUGACGAGGUGUCCUAUGUCCCACCGGGGCCUUGAACGCACCAAGGAGUGCAUUCCGCUGGGAUUCGAACGGAUGACGUGUUUUUGUUUUGAGAGUAAAGUUUGGUUCGCACGGUUGCGGACAUACCGACGCACUGACGGCUUUCGAGCCGAGUUGGGACACAAGUUUGCUUUUCUUUUUGCCUUUCGGCACCAACAAUGUCCGAAGAAAAAGAACAGCUGGCGUCGGCUUCGGGAAGCGAGCAAGGCGGAGCGUCCGCGAACCCCGGGGCGGUUUGUAGCGUGUGUAAACGCUUGUACCGGGAGCCGAAAAUCCUUCCGUGCCUGCACACCUUCUGCCUGGACUGCAUCCGCCAGCUGGAGCCCUUCUCGGUGGGCGCCCGCGGGGACGGAGGAGCGACGACGAACGAGGAGGCAAAGGCGAACGCCGCACGCGUCCGCGUCACGGUGCUCUGCCCCGACUGCGACUCCGAGGCGGGCCUUCCGCCUUCGGGGCCGAGCGGGCUGAGCACCGACCACCUGGCGCUGGACGAAGUGUUCGCGGAGACUUUGUUAAGCGACGGCCCGCUCGGGUGCGACCUGUGCGGCGAAGGAGGCGCCGGGAACCGCUGCCGAGUCUGCUGUGUCAACUUGUGCGAGUUCUGCUUACAGGCGCACAGGCGUCAGACACGGACAGCGUGUCAUUCCAUUCAGAGGUUGGAGGAUCUCAAGGCUCAGGGUCGCCUCUGCCGCCCCGUCCUGUGUUCCCUCCAUCCUGGCCAGGAGUUGCGCCUCUUCUGCAAGCCCUGUGAUGUGCCAGUGUGCCUGGAAUGCGCCGCAUCGCUCCACUCUGAGCACCGCUGCUGCCCCGCCCACGAAGUCAUCGGGUGCCACGGAGACCGCAUCAGGACGCUGGUCACCGUCCGCCUGAGACCUCACCUGCAAAGACUGGAGCAAACACUGCAGAAGGUGGAGGUUUCCCAGGAAGCUUUGCAGACAAGAGUGGAGGCCACAGCCAAUGAGGUGAGGACAUUUGCUCGAGGCUACGCCUGUGCGGUGGAAGCUCACUGCCUGGCCCUGCUGCGUCGCCUGGAGGAGCUUCACCUCCAACGCAGGAACCAACUGCAUGUGCAGAGGGCGCAGCUGCAGCAGGCACUGUCAGACGUCCGGGGAAGUGUGGACUUCGCGGAUAGGCUGCUGAGGUGUGGCUCGGAUGCCAAGAUCCUUAGCGCUAAGGGUGUGACGCUGCGGAGGCUGAGCAGCCUGGUGGAGAGCAGCUCUGAUGACCAGCUUGCGGCGCUCAUACCCGAUGACGGCACUGGUAUUCGUUUUGAUCCCCGGGGGCUGGCGAGGGAGGUGAGCGGCUACCCAAUGGUGGGCGUGAUCCAUUUUAAGGCUCUGGACCCCAGCAAGUGCACUAUAGAUGGAGAAGGUCUACAGCAGGCCAAUGAGGGCCAGCAGGCUCACUUUACCCUGGUUUGCCGAGACUCCGCCGAGGACCAGAUGGCACACGGCGGGGAUCACGUCCUGGUCAGCAUCAUCCACAGAGAGAAGAAGAACUGUGUGGUGGAAAGCACAGUGGUGGACAACAACGACGGCUCUUACAAAGUUUCCUACACACCCGGCGAAGCCGGAAUGUACUCCGUGUGGGUUUGUGUCAAAGCUCAACACGUGAAGGGUUCUCCAUUUGUUUUGAUAGUGAAGAAGAAGCUGAGGCAUCACACCGGAGUGUUCCACUGCUGCUCCUUCUGCUCCAGCGGAGGAGCCAAGGAGGCUCGAUGUGGCUGUCCAGGAACUAUGCCCGGUACGAUGAGAUCCAAACAUUGGAAUGUGAUUUAUUUCGCUCAGCAUCAUCAUAAAUCGAGGAUUUCAAGGGUGCGGUCACAGCCACAAGGGUCAUCCCGGAAAGCCGCAUUGGUCGUGUUGCGGCAGCACCGCGGAGAAGUCCGAGUGUUUACCGGCCGGCGUGAUCCGAGCCGUCUCGGCGGGGAAACACUUGCGCACCGUGGAGCUCUGAGGUUGGACAAAGCGGUCCAUGACGGUAUUUUAGGAUAUACUCUAUGGUUUUAGCUGUGGAAAUGCUGCCAAAUGUUCCAUUAUAGUUGGUGCAAAUAUUGUAUUUGAUGCCAUGUUUACAGUUUAAAACCUCUCUUUCUUUGCCUUAACAUGAUCACAGUUUCAUAUUUUGAUGACAAGUGUGUUAGAACUAUGCGGAAUUUCUGCAAUAAGGUGCACCUGUUUCUAAAUGCCGCUCGCUACAUGUCGUAAAUGCUGUUAUUACACACUGUACAAUCAUCCAAUAGACAUUUUGCACUGAAACAAUCUACAAUGUAAUAAACAAUAAAGUGUAUGGCUUAUGUAUGAUGAAA